CAGGGCAGAAAAAAAAGCAAGGUGAUUGGGGUGGAGUCGACACGACCUACUGUGCAGUCACAGACUCCAGUGGACUAGCUACUUACAAGUUUAGCAUUUUGCGCUUUGGUUUGGACAAUUGAAGGAAUCCCUGAAAAAAAUAUAGUUUUAAACGUCUCUAUCUAUUAUUUUGGAUACAUCAACGCCUUGCUACUUGUAACAACACAGCCGCAGCAUGGGGGCACCACCAACAGCGUACGACGAGAAGAAGGAAACAUGUGGGACCGUCUGUCUGAAGUACCUCUUAUUCACAUUCAACUUCCUUUUCUGGCUGGCAGGGGGCGUGGUGAUGGCGGUGGGCAUCUGGACGCUGGUGGAGAAGAGCGACUACAUCAGCCUGCUCUCCUCCGUGACCUACGCCGCCUCCGCCUACAUUCUGAUCCUAGCCGGGGCCAUCGUCAUGGUGACGGGAGUGCUGGGCUGCUGCGCCACCUUCAAGGAGCAGAGGAGGCUGCUGAGAGUGUACUUUGUCCUGCUGCUGUGUAUCUUCCUCCUGGAGAUCCUCGCCGGUGUCCUGGCCUACAUCUAUUACCAGCAGCUCAAUGAGGAGCUGAAACAGAACCUGCGGGAGACCAUUGUGCAGAAGUACAGGCAGCCAGAGCAGGAGCACAUCACCAAAGCAGUGGACAAGCUGCAGCAGGAGUUUAAGUGCUGUGGCAGCAACAGCUCGUCGGACUGGGGCGAGAGCGUGUGGAUCCGCACCAACGAGGCGGAUGGCAGGUUGGUGCCGGACAGCUGCUGUAAGACCCAGACGCUGGGCUGCGGCCACAGGGACCACCCAUCAAACAUCUACAAAGUGGAGGGGGGUUGUAUCACUAAACUGGAAAACUUCAUUUUGGACCACCUGAAGAUCAUUGGAGCGGUGGGCGUGGGCAUCGCCUGUGUACAGAUUGUGGGGAUGGUGUUUACUUGCUGUCUAUAUCGGAGUUUGAAGGCAGAGCCUUACUGAGAGUAGAACACGAAGAGAAGGAAAAGGGAGGGGUCUAGUCUCUGCCACCCAGUGUCAUCAUAUUCCAGCGACCCGUUUAGUCAUGGGGUCUACCACUGUGCCAUGCAAACAGAAGAUGACGAUAUGUGUAAUGGUCAAGGAUGCACUUAUGAUAGGGUCUCUCAAUCCAUUCUUUGGGGGGACCAUUUUGGUUCUAGCCUAGCACUAACUCCCCUGAUUCAACAAAUCAAGGGCUCCCCCCCAUAAAAUGGAGAAUCAGAUUUAUGCAAGCCGUUACAUGCUAUCGGAUCCACAAUGCUCUAUAUUUUGGUAGUGUGCAACAAACAGAGCAGUUGGUGUAACCUAGUGUGAUGUAAAGAUCAGUGGACCAAAAUGGCCCAUGCAUGAGAACAGCUUGCCUUAACAUUGCAAUAUUCAUGACUGUGGCUUAAUGAGCGAGAACUGACCUCUGGGGCUGAUUACCAUAGCAACACGUUAUUUUUCAUCAAAUAGCUAUGUAUACAUCUACACACGGCUUUCACACUGUUUCUCUCUGUUUUUUAAAAUUUAUUUAUGUUUUAACACAAGGGAUUUCUACACUUAUGCCAAAGUUGUCGUCAACACUGACUUUGUGUAACAUCAUAUCAAACUGACUACUCCUGCAUGCCUUUUUCAUGUAUCCUGAACAAAUAUAUAAAUGCAACAAUUUCAAAGAUUUUACUGUGUUACAGUUCAUAGAAGGAAAUCAGUCAAUUGACGUAAAUUCAACAGGCCCUAAUCUAUGGAUUUCACUUGACUGGGCAGGGGUGCAGCCAAGGGUGGGCCUGCACCCCUUCCUGCACCACUGGAGCCAGGUCCAGCCAAUAAGAAUGUGUUUUUCCGCACAAAAGGGCUUUAUGACAGACAGAAAUACUCCACCCCUCCCCCCUCAGACGAUCCCGCAGGUGAAGAAGCCAGAUGUGGAGGU